AAAUAAAAUAAUCCGACCCGUUAACCUCAGCUGAAAGUCUCUCAAAGCUUCGAACUCAAAGGAGAAAACGAGCAGAGAGCAUAAAGAAACGAUGGUAGUUAUUCACGUCAAAGGAGUCUCAGAUGAUCGUCAAUUCUUGUUCGAUUGCUCGUCAAAUUCGAGCAUCGACGAAAUAACCAGUUCCAUCUCCGAGAUCUCCAAUCUCCAGUCCCAAAUCCAAACCCUAAGAAUUCAUCUCAGAGGAUCAGCAAUUGGUAUUGAUAGAUUAUUAUCAGAAGCUGAAUCGUAUGCCUCAAAGGAUCAGGUUAUACAUAGACGGGCUUUAUCAAUUCACAUUCUUAGAGAUCAUGUUAGGGCAUUGGAGAAGGAGGUCGAGGCUGCUCAUUCCAAGGGUUUGAUCAACGACGAUGUGCUGGGGAUUCUUUCGGACUGCGGAGGUGAUGAAGAGAUCCAACUCUGGUGGGCUGGAAAAGAACUAGUAAGGGGAAAGAAAUUAUCUGAAUAUACCGGUGAAAACGAGAAAACAAAGAUCAUAGUCAGAUUGAAGCCAGCUUGUUCAGAUUAACAGCAUCGCACUAGCAUGGGCAGCAAGCUCCCAAGCCCGCUCUCAGCUCCGACGUGGACACCUUCUCCGAUUUAACCCCCUCCAACAGCCUCCGAAGCUCUCCUAACCUGCUCUCAAGCGCUGACGUGGAGGUGGAGAGCUUCGGAGCUCCCAAGCGCUCCACAAAUUUGUGGAGCGCUUGGGAGCUCCCAAGGUGCCAGAUUUUAACAACCUCCCCCCACCCAACAAUACACCUUCGCAGAUCUGCCCAAAAAAGAAGCAAAAAUCCAACGGGAGAUGAAGAGGCGCCGGAGAUGUGGAAGAGGAGGGGAAACAAAGAUGAUUUAGGGAGAAGAGGCCUCCGACUGGAUAGAAGAUGAGGCGCCGGAGAUGUGGAAGAGGAGGGGAAACAGGUGGAUGAUUUCAGGAGCUUGGUGUUCGCGGAGAUGAGGCCUCCGACUGGGUAGAAGAUGAGGUUGUUUGAGGCCUCCGACUGGGGGA